AUGGACGUCAUGAACAAGGAGCAGGCAAAGAUAGCAGAAGAAGCAGGAGCUUGUGCCGUCAUGGCUUUGGAACGCAUCCCAGCAGACAUCCGCCAGAGCAAGGGCGUUGCCCGCAUGUCAGAUCCGAAGAUGAUCAAGGAAAUCGUCAACUCCGUGUCUAUCCCUGUGAUGGCCAAAUGCAGGAUUGGCCACUUUGUCGAAUCCCAGGUCCUGCAGCAAAUAGGUGUCGAUUGCAUUGACGAGAGCGAAGUCCUCACUGUCGCCGACGAGGGCAACCACGUCAACAAGACGAAGUUCAAGGUGCCAUUCGUGUGCGGCUGCCGAAACUUGGGCGAGGCGCUGCGUCGCAUCUCCGAAGGUGCCAGCAUGAUCCGCACGAAGGGCGAGGCCGGAACCGGCGACGUCGUGGAGGCGGUGCGCCACAUCCGCACGCUGCACAAGGAGAUGCGCAUGGUGCAGAUGAUGGAUGACGACGAGCUCUUCACCUACGCCAAGGAGAUUGGCGCCCCCAUCGACCUUGUUCAGCAGGUCAAGAAAACUGGCAAGCUGCCAGUUGUGAACUUCGCGGCCGGUGGGGUUGCCACUCCAGCAGAUGCUGCCUUGUGCAUGCAGCUUGGUGUCGAUGGCGUGUUCGUGGGUAGUGGCAUCUUCAAGUCGUCCGAUCCCGUCAAGCGUGCCCGGGCCAUCGUGAAGGCCGUCACGCACUACAACGAUCCUCAGGUGGUGGCCUCGAUCUCGGAGGAUCUGGGAGAGGCGAUGACGGGUAUCAAUUGCGAUGGCCUCGCCACACGCUUUGCGGACAGGGAAGGUGGCAACAUGCCUUCGGCCAAGAAGGCCAGGAUUGAGUCCUACGGAGACCACAAAGGCCUUGCAGGCACGGCUUUCUGA